AUGAAACGCAGCGCACGCUGCUGGCGUGAAUGUUGUAUUGUCUUCCCUUUUCCCUCCGGUGGGUGGACGGAGGGGGUCGCACCACGUGCUGCGCUGCCUACACCUCUCUCCCGUUCUGGAACGGACAGUGCGUACCGUGCUGCUGAUCAUUGCCCCACUGUUGAGACUCGCGCACGCAUCGGCUUCCGCACCACCACUGCCCUCCACGCAACGGACGGAACGAGCUGUUGUGCGCUUGUUCCGUCCUACAUACGCACGCGCUGUGCUGUGCAGAGUCCCGCGUGCGGGUACGUGUCUGCGCGUGCACUGCUGCGCAUCUCCGUCCAUCUGACGCUCCCUCCCACCCUCCCUCGCUUCACUAGUCGUCGCGCUUUGGGCCUUUUGCCCAUCCGUGGCGGUGCCGCGUUUAUCGCUCGCGCGUUGCCCUCCCCCUCCCCCUCCCCCUGUGUGUGUUUCUCUACUCUCUACACCGUCAAGCUCUCUUACGUGAUAUCACGCAGCAGCUGUUAA